CAGGCUGAGAGGACGGUGGGGUUCCGGCUACGUCUCGGCUGCGGCGCUUCGGUCGCGCCCGACGCCCCGCUGGGCCAUGAGCCGUUGCGCAGAGGCGGCGGCGGUGGCGGCCGCGAUGCCGGGUGCGGGCGUCGGGGAAGCGGGGCUGCGACCGCCCAUGGUGCCCCGCCAGUCGUCCUUCUUCCCGCCGCCGGUGCCCAACCCCUUCGUGCAGCAGACGCACAUCGGCGCGGCCAAGCGGGUCCAGAUUUUUAUUCUUGGAAUUAUCCUACUUCCAAUUCGUGCCUUAUUGAUAGGAUUAAUUUUAUUACUGGCAUGGCCAUUUGCUGCAAUUUCGACAGCAUGCUCUUCUGAAAAACUGACCCACCCAAUAACUGGUUGGAGGAGGAAACUUACUCAGUCAGCUUUGAAGUUUCUGGGUCAUGCCAUGUUCUUUUCAAUGGGAUUUAUAGUUACUGUGAAAGGAAAGAUUGCAUGUCCUUUGGAAGCACCAAUUUUUGUUGUUGCCCCUCAUUCAACAUUCUUUGAUGGAAUUGCCUGUGUUGUAGCUGGGUUACCUUCUAUGGUGUCUCGAAAUGAGAACGUACAGGUUCCUCUGAUUGGCAGACUCUUACGGGCUGUGCAACCAGUGUUGGUGUCCCGUACAGAUCCAGAUUCCCGAAAAAACACAAUAAAUGAAAUAAUAAAGCGAGCAACGUCAGGAGGGUUAUGGCCCCAGAUACUAGUUUUCCCAGAAGGUACUUGUACUAAUCGUUCCUGUUUGAUUACUUUUAAACCAGGAGCCUUCAUUCCAGGGGUUCCAGUGCAGCCAAUCCUCCUUAGAUACCCAAACAAGAUGGACACUGUGACCUGGACGUGGCAAGGAUAUACAUUCAUUCAGCUUGUUGUGCUUACUUGCUGCCAGUUUUUCACAAAGGUAGUGGUUGAGUUUAUGCCUGUUCAAGUACCAGAUGAUAAAGAAAAAAGUGAUCCUGUCCUUUUUGCCAGUAGAGUCCGGAAUUUAAUGGCAGAAGCUCUGGGAAUACCAGUAACAGAUCAUACCUAUGAAGACUGCAGAUUGAUGAUUUCAGCAGGACAGCUGACAUUGCCUAUGGAAGCUGGGUUGGUGGAAUUUACUAAAAUUAGCCAGAAAUUGAAGUUAGAUUGGGAUGGUAUCCGUAAGCAUUUGGAUGAAUAUGCAUCUAUUGCAAGUGCCUCAAAAGGAGGAAGGAUUGGAAUUGAAGAAUUUGCAGAGUAUUUAAAGUUGCCCCUUUCAGAUGUCUUGAGACAACUUUUUGCACUCUUUGACAGGAACCAUGAUGGCAGUAUUGACUUCCGAGAGUAUGUGAUUGGCCUUGCUGUCUUGUGCAACCCUGCCAACACGGAGGAGAUCAUCCAGGUGGCAUUUAAGCUCUUUGAUCUUGAUGAGGAUGGCUACAUAACAGAGGAAGAGUUUUCCACCAUUCUACAGGCUUCCCUUGGAGUGCCUGACCUUGAUGUUUCUGGUCUCUUCAAGGAAAUAGCCCAUGGGGACUCUAUUUCCUAUGAGGAAUUUAAAAGUUUUGCCAUAAAGCAUCCAGAAUAUGCUAAGAUAUUUACAACAUACUUAGACCUCCAGACGUCCCAUGUGUUUUCAUUACCAAGAGAAGUCCAGACAAGAUCCUCCGUCGCAAGUAAUGUAGUCAGUCCUGAAAAUCAUGAAGAUAGUACCUCAGGCAAAAAAGAUGACUGA